AUGAAGACGACGAAGAAGACGAAGCAGAAGACAAAGAUGAUGACAAAGACAAAGAAGAAGAAGAAGACAAAGACGGGACGACAAAUAGAAAGAAGACGAAGAAGAAGAAGCAUCAAAAACAAAGAUGAAGACGAAGGCGAAGACGAAAAAGCUAAAGACAAAGAAGACGAAGCAGAAGGUGAAGAAGAAGACGAAGAAAAUGACGAAGAAGACGGCAAAGAAGCUAAAGACGAAGAUGACGAAGGAGAAGGCAAAGAUGAAGUAGACGAAGACAGUGAACAAGACGAAGAAGAUGACGAAGAAGAUGACGAAGAAGACAAAGAUGAUGACAAAGACAAAGAAGAAGAAGAAGAAGACAAAGACAGGGACAACGAAUGCAAAGAAGACAAAGAAGAAGAAGAAGGAGACGAAGAAGCUGAAGACAAAAAUGUAGAAGAAGCCGAAAAAGACAAAGAAGACGAAAAAGAAUACGAAGAAGACAAAGAAGAAGAAGAAGAAGCAGACGAAGAAGCUGAAGACGAAAAUGUAGAAGAAGACGAAAAAGACAAAGACGACGAAGUAAACGAAGAAGAUGAAGACUCAAAGACAAAGAUGAAGACAAAGGGGAAGAUGAAGGGGAAGACGAAGAUGACGAAAGAAAAUAAAACAAAAAAGACGAAGAAUUAG